AUGCUUAAAAACUCUUCAGAUGGACAACACUCCAGCGCCUUGCCGCCCUAUUCCGAGCCUCCUGCUGCAGAUGCCAAUGGCAAACAACACCUGGGACCUGGAGUUCGGCCACUGAACCUAGACUUGCCCACAGAUCAAAGCAGUAAACAAUCUGCAGAAAUUACUUUAGACGAGUGUAUUGCUCAUUUGAAACUACUCGCUGCCUUCGCAGAUCUUCGUGACACCAUUUCCCAGUCAGAUGGGCUUUUCGGCCUAGAAGAUGCAAACUUCGUCGAUCCAAAUACUCCUAAAGACCAAAGAGAUACAAUCAUUGCACUUGUUCGGGAGAAGAGAUGGGCAAUAUAUGUUGCGCGGGCGGUAAGUAGGUUCGAAGUCUGGUUUCUUGAUGUGCUACAAGAAGGACCUGGAUCAUGUCAAGGCAGGAUUACGAUACGGGAUAUAGAGGAGAACUCGGGGUGGGAACAUUUCCCAAGUUGGUCAAAGAGGAUAUCUUGGACGGCAGAUUCUCUGCCCCCUUUGGACGUCCUUAUGGUGUGGCAUGCGUAUAUGCUUAAUCCGAGAUUCUUCCUUGAGGAUUGCUUACGAUUCGGCAAGAUGAGUUUCUGGGCCUCCGGCAUGCCAUGGGCCGUGUUGAAUGCCUCGAUUGACAACCACACCUUUGACUACGCUCCAGGAAGGGAGGCUCGAAGCAAUUUCGAGCAAAAGACUUCAUUAUCGUGGGAAAGUUUGUAUGACCCAAUUUAUAAGAUUAUCAGUUGCCCAGGAUGCGGAACGCCACAAGAGGCAUCUUGGGUAGGGGACGUGACGCGAAUCGGCACGAUCGAGAUGCCGUUUAAAUAUUGCAAAGGCUACGCGGACCAUAACUUUCAGCUCUCAUGUGGAAAAUGCAGGCUAGUAUUCUAUCACGAGAAUCUCCACGCAGCCAAGUUUCUCCGAGACAUGAAGGAGUUAUCCGAUUUUAAUAUUCCAAUGCCAGGCACUGUACUUUCCAUGGAAGGGGUACCAAAACGGCCGGAGAAUAAAAGCCAUUCUUUCUUAUUCCCGAAUAAAUUAAUAUUAAAUGCCCUUCAUCAACAACUGUUGCGGACACUGAAUUUUCGUUUGAAUCCUCAUGCAACGAUGAAAGACGUUCGCUCACUGAUUGAAACGGCGAUCGACUCCAGGCGUACCAUAUCCCAGGCAAACCGUUCAAUCUCAGGAAGGCUUAUCCUGGAAGAGAAAGUUUCUGUUCGGAGAAUGAUGUCACGAUACUGGGACAACUCUUCGCCAUUUGCCCUUGACCUUAUCGGUGCUGUGAUUCGCCAAGGCGUUUUUAUAGAUAAGAUGGACAACAUUGACUGGAUCCACUCUCCUGCUCUAGAUGCUACAAUGUCGCGUCUAAUUCAGAAAUAUAAAGUAUUCUUCAGAAUUAUGGCUGAUAACCCGGGGAAAGUGGCAGUCCCAACACUUGACGUCGACCUAGCCUGGCACACUCAUCAGCUAUCGCCUCAGCGUUACUUUGUCUAUUCCGUCAAAACGACCAAAGGGAGGUUUGUCAACCAUGAUGACAAGAUAGACCAGCAUAGGCUAUCGGAUGGAUUCGCGUGGACCUCAAAAAUGUAUCAAAAAUACACCAGGGGAGAAAUAUACAGCGAGUGUACCUGCUGGUACUGCGAAGCGGUCCGACAGUCCAACGGUACCAAUAGCCUGUUCUCAAGUGCCCGCUCCAAUGCCAUUGCACUUCAUGAUCAGCCAGACAUCACUUCCGAUCCCACGAAAAACCCACACAUCUCGGCUCACAAUUCUGUUUUUCCUAGAGGAGACCCACGCCAACACAUUACAUUCCUCAAGCUACAACGAGACCACGAACGCGCCAAACGGCGGUGGGGGAAACGCAACAAGAGCAAGGACAAGGGCAAAAAUGGGACUACUAGCAAUAGUCACUAUUCUACCACCGCCAUGGUGUAUGGUUGCCCCAUUGUAGUGCCGUUCUAUCUCCCAUAUGCGCCAGAUCCAUCCGGAAUUGCGUGGCGCACACAUGCGGAUCCUUCACAGCUACGGGAGGUGCUUGUCAAGGAAGCGCUGGUGGCGGAUGCGGGGGUUCCGGAGGCUGCGCGGGAGGCGGAAGUGGCGGAACUGGCGGAGGCUGCGGAGGCGGAGGCGGAGACGGAGGCGGCGGAGGGGGUUGUGGAGGUUCUUAGGGCGGGAUUUUCGUCCCAUUACAUCUUCUCACGAAAUUGGACGAUAGCUAAUUUUGGAACUCUUAAUGCCAAAUGCCCAGCCUUAUGGGCUAGGGCAUCGAAAAUGACUAUCGUAACCAUCGUUGUGAAUUAA